UGGGAAGGCGUUGUAGAAGAAAGAUCAGUGGCCAAAUCGGAAAUAGUAUUUAAUGACGGCGACUAAAGUGUAAAGCCGGAAUUAAAGCCGAAGCUUUAAUAUUUCGCUUUAUAUAUCGUUAUAGUUUUGAUUCGGAAUAUUAUUCUCAUAAGUUAAAAAAAAGGCAUAAAACUGGUGUUCGAUAAGUCUCUUGGCAAUAUGCCUGCCGUUAGGGGAGAUGGUAUGCGAGGGCUCGCAGUUUUUAUAUCUGAUAUAAGAAACUGUAAAAGCAAAGAAGCAGAAAUUAAAAGAAUUAAUAAAGAGCUGGCUAAUAUCCGAAGUAAGUUCAAAGGCGACAAAACUCUUGAUGGCUACCAGAAAAAGAAGUACGUCUGUAAACUUCUGUUUAUCUUCUUGUUGGGUCAUGAUAUCGAUUUCGGACACAUGGAAGCGGUUAACUUACUUUCAUCCAACAAAUAUUCCGAGAAACAAAUAGGCUACCUAUUUAUAUCGGUUUUGGUGAAUACUAAUAGUGAUCUAAUUAAACUCAUUAUUCAAAGUAUUAAAAAUGACUUGCAGUCUCGAAACCCUAUUCAUGUGAACCUUGCACUUCAAUGCAUAGCAAACAUUGGUAGCAAGGAUAUGGCUGAAGCUUUUGGUACUGAAAUACCUAAGUUGCUUGUUUCUGGUGAUACAAUGGAUGUUGUAAAGCAAUCUGCUGCUCUAUGUUUGUUACGGCUCUUUCGGAAAUCUCCUGAAAUCAUCCCUGGGGGGGAGUGGACAUCAAGAAUAAUCCAUUUAUUAAAUGACCCACAUAUGGGUGUUGUUACUGCAGCAACAUCACUUAUAGAUGCACUUGUGAAGAAAAAUCCAGAUGAAUACAAAGGUUGUGUUACACUCGCUGUUGCUCGAUUAAGCAGAAUAGUCACUGCUAGCUACACAGAUCUGCAGGAUUAUACCUAUUACUUUGUUCCUGCUCCAUGGUUAUCAGUAAAACUAUUGCGGUUGUUACAAAACUAUACACCACCAUCUGAAGAGCCUGGAGUGAGGGGUCGCUUAUCUGAGUGCUUGGAAACAAUCUUUAAUAAAGCUCAAGAGCCUCCAAAGUCAAAAAAAGUACAACAUUCAAAUGCAAAAAAUGCUGUACUUUUUGAAGCGAUAAGUCUCAUUAUUCAUAAUGACAGUGAGCCUAAUUUGCUAGUUCGAGCAUGCAAUCAACUAGGACAAUUUUUAAGUAAUCGGGAAACUAAUCUGAGAUACUUAGCUCUUGAGUCUAUGUGUCAUCUUGCAACAUCCGAAUUUUCUCAUGAAGCUGUGAAAAAGCAUCAAGAAGUUGUAAUACUUUCAAUGAAAAUGGAAAAAGAUGUAUCUGUGCGACAACAAGCAGUAGAUUUGCUGUAUGCUAUGUGUGAUAAAACAAAUGCAGAAGAAAUUGUACAAGAAAUGUUAGCUUAUUUAGAAACAGCUGAUUACUCCAUAAGAGAAGAAAUGGUACUAAAGGUAGCCAUAUUAGCUGAAAAGUAUGCUACUGACUUUACAUGGUAUGUGGAUGUUAUUUUAAAUCUUAUUAGAAUUGCUGGAGAUUAUGUUUCAGAGGAAGUGUGGUAUAGAGUCAUUCAAAUUGUAAUAAAUAGAGAGGAAGUCCAAGGAUAUGCAGCUAAAACUGUUUUUGAAGCUUUACAGGCUCCAACUUGUCAUGAAAAUAUGGUUAAAGUGGGAGGAUAUAUUCUUGGUGAAUUUGGAAAUUUAAUAGCUGGUGAUACCAGAUCAUCUCCACUAGUCCAGUUUGAACUUCUUCAUUCCAAGUAUCAUCUGUGCUCUGCAGCAACAAGAGCACUUUUGUUGUCAACAUAUAUCAAGCUUGUUAAUUUGUUCCCAGAAAUAAAAAACAGGGUACAAGAAGUUUUCCGUGCAGACUCAAAUUUGCGCUCUGCUGAUGUAGAACUACAACAGAGGGCAUCUGAAUAUUUGCAGUUGAGCAUUGUUGCCAGUUCAGAUGUUUUAGCAACAGUGUUGGAAGAGAUGCCAGCGUUCCCAGAAAGGGAAUCAUCAAUAUUAGCAGUUCUAAAAAAGAAAAAGCCAGGUCGUAUCCCUGAUGAUGUAAGAGAAUCAAAAAGUCCACAACCAAAUAUUACUCCAGCUCCAGUGAUAAAUAACAUAGCAAAUACAAACAGUUCAAGUGCUGAUUUACUUGGAUUAUCCACUCCACCCGGUACAAAUGCACCUACUGGAAAUGGUUUGUUAGAUGUUCUAGGUGACUUAUAUACCACACCCAAAAUAAGCCCAGCUACUGUGCAACAGAAUAAUAUUAAAAAAUUUUUGUUCAAAAACAAUGGAGUACUUUUUGAAAAUGAUCUUAUUCAAAUAGGAGUAAAAAGUGAAUACAGGCAAAAUUUGGGUAGGAUUGGUCUAUUUUAUGGAAAUAAAACACAGUCUCCAAUACAAAAUGUUCGUCCUGAAUUGCAUUGGAAUGAUUUACAUAAGCUCAAUGUGCAAAUGAAACCUAUGGAACCAGUAUUGGAAGCAGGUGCUCAAAUUCAACAAAUGUUGACUGCAGAAUGUAUUGAAGAUUUUCUUGAUAGUCCUAGCAUGUCUGUGUCAUUUCUUUACAACAAUGUCCCCCAAAAAAUCUCUAUGAAACUUCCACUCACACUCAAUAAGUUCUUUGAACCAACAGAAAUGAAUGGAGAAUCUUUUUUUGCAAGAUGGAAAAACUUAGGGGGUGAACAACAGAGAGCCCAAAAAAUAUUUAAAGCACAGGGAUCCAUAGAUAUAACUGCAACACGUACAAAACUAGCUGGUUUUGGUAUGCAGUUACUAGAUGGUAUUGAUCCUAACCCUGAUAAUUUUGUUUGUGCAGGUAUAGUGCACACUAGAGUUCAACAAGUAGGAUGUCUCAUGAGAUUGGAACCAAAUAAACAAGCUCAAAUGUUCAGACUCACUGUGCGAUCAAGUAAAGAAACAGUUUCACAAGAAAUUUGUAAUUUGCUGGCAGAUCAGUUCUAAUCUUCAUAUUACGUUCUGUUUAUUUGUGUUGGUUAUAAGAAACUCUUCACAUGACUUGAAAUUGCUCUCAGUGUUUAUAAAAUGAUUAUAUUAUAACACUGACUAGUGAAGAAUCACAUGUAUAUUUUUUUCCUUAAAGAAUUUGUAAACUUUAAAUUGCUUAAAAAAGAAAUAUAUUUUUACGUUAAUCAUUUUAUAAAGUUAUAAAAAGACAACAGUAAUAUAUUUUGUUAGGUUAUUUCUAUUGAAAUCUAUUCCAUAACAUUUUUGUGUCAUCAUGUCUAUUAAUUUAUUGAUUUAACAGGUAUAAAAUAACAUUUUCGUCAUAAGAUUAUCUUACGUAAUUAAGGUAUUGUAAUGUUGAAGCUUGUUAAGCCUAUCUAUAUAAAAUUUGAAAUUAUAAAAUUUAUAAACUGCAGUGCAAAUUAUAGUUAAUAUAAUUAUGAAUCCAAACAUGGUAUAAAACUAUACCAAAAAAAUUUUCAUGUGUAUAUAAGUUUGAAUAAUUGUUUAUUCAUUGUAUAUUUUUUAAUUAUAUUUAUAAAGAAAAACCACAUGCAUUCUACAUAGUUUGGUAGCAUGGCAGUCAAGUAAUUGGCCAACUCAAACAAAAUAAGUUAUAAAAAUGGCAACUUUUCUACUUUAUAACCUGUAUAAUUUAUUAAUCUUGUCUCACUAAGUAAAAUUAUUUAUUAAUGCUAACUUUUAAAAAUGACGUAAUAUUCAAAAAGAAAAAUUUAUAUUUAAAUGAAUAACGAGAUUUAACUGAAAUUGUCUUAGAAUUGACACAACAUGAUUACAAAGUGUCAUUUAAGAUUUUCCUACUUUUGUUCCUUUAAUUAAUAUUCAUUAUUUUAUACGUAAUUUUAUUUCAAUAUUUUGUCAUAAUUUCGUAUAAAAUGAACACUGCAUUAUAUAAAAGUUUAUUAAAUUCAAGCAAUCGGUUUGUUGUAGAAUUGUAAAUUAAUGGUUAUAUCAAGUAAAUACAAAUGUAAUGUAAAUAAGGUUGGCAAAUUGUAUUUUUUGAACAAUCAACAAAUAAUUAUAAACACUAACUAAGAGUGUUGAUUGUUUUAUCAAACAAAUAAAACGAGCAUGUAGGAUCGCCGAUCAGCUUUCAAUUUUUAAAUUUGUUAUAUCAAAAGCAGACCUUCUUAUCAUCUAGUUAAACAAGCAUAAAAUGCAACUUUGUGGUACUAUGUAUAUCAGUUUGUUCUAAAAUUGUUUAUCAUUAUUCAAUUGCGUUAAAUAUAUUUUACGUGUCUGUAGUAGUAAUAUGAUGCUCGAAAUUUACAUACGCAACAUAACAUAACGCGUUAUAAACGGGUCGAGAUUAGUAAUAAUCCAAAAAUGCCAUGUACCUCCUCUAGCUCAUGUAUUUAGAAUAAUGAAAUAUUAAAAUAUUUGUUGAAAUGUACUCAUGAGUUUAUAUAGGAAUCUCACAAACUUAAAAAUUUUAUUUUUUUAUUUUGGUACCAUAAAGUUAUUUAGCGAUAGUUUAGGCAAUUUAGUAUAGUGGUACUGAAUAUUAAAUGUUGUUAAAAAUAUAUUAAUAGCAUGCUGAAGCUUCGUUUGCAUGGUAGAUAUGUUUGAACAAUAGUAACAAUAAAAUAAGUAUGUUUAAAAAUUAUGUAUUUAAAGAAUUUGCUAAAAUAUUACAUAUAUGUAUAUUAUGGAUUUAAGUAAGAGAGUAUAAAUGCUUAUUGGAUACAUGCAUAUAAUAUAUAAGAACUGUGUUUACACCGUAAAAUAUUAUAAGCAUGAAAAAUUUGAGCAUAAUUCAUUGUAAAACAUUGUUUGCUCUUGCGCUUUGAAAUUAUAUUGUAUCUUAUUAAUAAUUGUCUAAAAUAAAUAUUUAACCAGUACAUAUUU